CCAACUCCUACUCCUACUGCCACCGGUCGUCUCGCUCAGCUCGCCACCGCAAGGAGCUUUGCUGUUGCUGACGACCUCGCGCACGGCGGGGUGCCCGAGCCAUGCCUAUAAAUCCGGGGCAGAGCACGCACCCACCCCAUCCAUACCGUAUCACUCGCCUCCCCUGCCUCCGAUCCUCUCCCGCCUCCCUGUCGCACACGACGUCGCACACGCGGCAGCUAGCUGCACGAUCUUCGUCGUAGCUAGCGUAGCACAGACAGACGACGACCGACGAGAUGGCGCGCGGCGGCGGUGCGGCGGCGCUGGUGGUGGUGGCGGCCUUCGUCGUGGUGCUGUCGGUGUCGGCAGGCGUGGCCCGCGCGGACUUCGCCAAGGACCGCGCCAUGUGCGCGGACAAGCUGAUGGGCCUGGCGACGUGCCUGACGUUCGUGCAGGACAAGGCGACGGCGCGCGCGCCGACGCCCGACUGCUGCGCGGGGCUGAAGCAGGUGGUGGCGGCCAGCAAGAUGUGCAUGUGCGUGCUGGUCAAGGACCGCGACGAGCCGGCGCUCGGGUUCAAGAUCAACGUCACCCGCGCCAUGGACCUGCCCUCGCUCUGCAGCAACCCCGCCACCUUCUCCGACUGCCCCAAGAUUCUGGGGAUGUCGCCCGACGCCCCCGAGGCGGAGAUCUUCAAGGAGUACGCCAAGAAGCACGAGGGCCAGAACGGCACCACCAUACCUGCAGCUGCAACCGGUGCCGCGGCGACCGGGAAGAGCACGAGCGCGGCGCCGACGGCGGACGGCGCCGGGAGGCAGCCUUGCGCGGUCUUCUUCUACCUCGUGUCGGCGCUGUUCGCCUCCGUUGCGGUCCUGCUGGGCUGACAGCCGCGGCAACGCAGCGCGUGCAUUCAUGGCGGCAGGGGAUGGAGGUACUCCUGCACGGACUAGAAGGAAGAAGCCCGGAGACAUAACUGAAGAAAAGCGAUGAGCAAAUUAAAGGACACGAGUGUUCUUAUUUUUUUUCUUCUGCUUGUAGUUUUUUUAAAAAAUUUUGUGGGGAUUGUGAGACGUCCUCGGCUUGUGCUGACGGAGCACUAGCGACGCAGCUGUUGGGCUGCGGCCUUCCAGCCUGGGGAUUUUUAAUGUGGUGGCCAGAGACUGUGUCUAGCUGUCUGUCUGAAUUUGAUGAAUCUGAUCCAUUGGCGCACUGUAUGCUUGGUUUCUUUUCAGUUUUUAUUUAUAGUUCGUCUUCUUGCUUAAAGUCAGCUUGUGUAAGCAACAUGCAUGUAACUACAAGGACCUUGACUGUUUAUGCUAAAGAAACAGCUUCAUCUUUGUGAUUUUCGUA